CCAGGAUGUGAGGUGUGGUUGUCCAGUUUUUGCCAAAGCGGAAACGCUUCGGUCCGGAGGGGCCGGUGUUUAUCUAUUUCACCGGUCAGAUUCUGGUUUACCAAAGCGGCCACCGCCCAUCCCUCUUUGUGUGUCUGGGACGCCGUGGAUCAGCGGUGGCGACAGUUGGAGAGGGACGUUCCCGGGAAGUUACCGGCUAGAGAAAGCGAUCUCCAUCCCGCCACCUGACAGGUCACAACCAUGUCGGACAAAAGUGAAUUAAAAGCUGAGUUGGAACGUAAGAAGCAACGGUUGGCCCAAAUCAGAGAAGAAAAGAAGAGGAAAGAAGAGGAAAGGAAAAAAAAGGAAACUGAUCAGAAGAAGGAAGCUGCUGUUUCUGUGCAAGAAGAAUCUGACCUUGAGAAAAAAAGAAGAGAAGCUGAGGCCUUGCUUCAAAGCAUGGGGCUGACCACAGACUCCCCUAUCGUCCCUCCUCCUAUGUCUCCAUCCUCCAAGUCGGUGAGCACGCCCAGUGAAGCUGGAAGCCAGGACUCUGGAGAUGGCGCCGUGGGAUCUAGACGAGGACCUAUUAAACUUGGAAUGGCCAAAAUUACUCAAGUUGACUUUCCCCCUCGAGAAAUCGUCACAUAUACAAAGGAAACUCAGACCCCGGUCACGGCUCAACCCAAAGAAGACAAAGAAGCUAAAAGAAGAGGUGAUUAUCAAGGCUUAUCAGAUGAGGAGGAGGAAGAUGAUGUAGCAACUCCUAAACCUCCUGUUGAACCUGAAGAAGAGAAAACUUUAAAACAAGACGAAGAGAAUGAUAGCAAAGCUCCCCCUCAUGAACUAACUGAAGAAGAAAAGCAACAAAUUUUACACUCAGAAGAAUUUUUAAGUUUCUUUGACCAUUCUACAAGAAUUGUAGAAAGAGCCCUUUCUGAGCAGAUUAACAUCUUCUUUGACUACAGUGGGAGAGAUUUGGAAGACAAAGAAGGGGAGAUUCAAGCAGGUGCUAAGCUGUCAUUAAAUCGGCAAUUUUUUGAUGAACGUUGGUCAAAGCAUCGAGUUGUUAGUUGUUUGGAUUGGUCUUCCCAGUAUCCAGAAUUACUUGUGGCUUCCUAUAAUAACAAUGAAGAGGCUCCUCAUGAGCCUGACGGGGUAGCCCUCGUGUGGAAUAUGAAGUACAAAAAAACUACCCCAGAGUAUGUGUUCCACUGCCAGUCAGCUGUAAUGUCUGCUACAUUUGCAAAAUUUCAUCCGAAUCUUGUUGUUGGAGGUACAUAUUCAGGCCAAAUUGUGCUUUGGGAUAACCGUAGCAAUAAAAGAACUCCUGUCCAGAGAACGCCGCUGUCAGCUGCUGCACACACACACCCUGUCUACUGUGUAAAUGUUGUUGGAACACAAAAUGCUCAUAAUCUGAUUAGCAUCUCUACUGAUGGAAAAAUUUGUUCCUGGAGUUUGGACAUGCUUUCCCAUCCACAGGACAGCAUGGAGUUGGUUCAUAAACAGUCCAAGGCAGUAGCUGUAACAUCCAUGUCUUUCCCUGUUGGAGACGUCAACAACUUUGUUGUGGGCAGUGAAGAAGGUUCUGUGUACACAGCAUGCCGGCAUGGCAGCAAAGCUGGAAUCAGUGAGAUGUUUGAGGGACACCAGGGACCCAUCACUGGAAUCCACUGUCAUGCGGCUGUUGGAGCAGUAGACUUCUCACAUCUGUUUGUCACUUCGUCUUUUGACUGGACAGUUAAACUUUGGACAACUAAGAAUAACAAACCUUUGUACUCAUUUGAAGAUAAUUCAGACUAUGUCUAUGAUGUUAUGUGGUCACCCACCCACCCAGCCCUGUUUGCCUGUGUGGACGGCAUGGGGAGACUGGAUCUAUGGAAUCUCAACAAUGACACAGAGGUACCAACUGCCAGCAUUUCUGUGGAGGGCAACCCUGCUCUUAAUCGUGUGAGAUGGACCCACUCAGGAAGAGAAAUCGCUGUGGGUGAUUCUGAAGGACAGAUCGUCAUAUAUGAUGUGGGAGAGCAGAUCGCUGUUCCCCGAAAUGAUGAAUGGGCAAGAUUUGGCCGAACACUCGCAGAAAUUAAUGCAAACCGAGCUGACGCAGAGGAGGAGGCAGCUACCCGAAUCCCUGCCUAGCCCUGAAAAGCACUGGAGCCUUAGUGAAUUUGGCAAGGAUGAUUAAGUAGAUUUUAAACAAUUUGCAUGCUUCUGAUUAAAUGAGUGUUAAAAAGAAAUUCCAUGGAUAAUCUGGGUUUAAUACAAGAAGCAAAGCUUACAAUGCCCUUUUUAUAUUAUAUUCACUUUGUUUUGGAUUGGUGUCAUUUUUAAUACGCUGACAACUUUACAGAAUGCAGCCUUUUCUGAAUUCUAAUACAUGGGUAUAUAUUGUUAAUUAUUCUUUUGGAUUCUUUUGAACUUGUAAUACUAUAUAUAAUUAUUUCUAAAGCACAGAUUAAGUAAGUUCUGCAUAUUUCUAAGUAGCCACAAUUCCUUAUUACGCACUACAUCCAGCACAUGAGUCCUUGUCAGUUGCAUUCUCCCUGCCCUGAGUGUGUAGGAAUAUUGUUCUUACUCCCAGCAUGCAGUCGCCUACCUGUUCUUUUCUUGUUGAUGCUGUUUUCCUUCUCUGUAGUUCUAUGGUAGUUAUCUAUAAAUAAAAACAAAUAUAUGCUAA